AUGAUAUCGGAGGCAGAGUCUCCGCAGGGCGGCAGCCAGGCGCCUGCUGCUCCCAAUCCCUUCAAUUUCCAAACGCAGGUGAUAUCGACCACACCUGUUAAAUCGAACGUCGGCCAGCGUCGCGGGCACCGGUAUAAGCAUAGCAGCGUGUCGGCCCAGCAUCAGAUCUUCCAAGAACCGCCUCCAAGACCACCGCCCGUCCUUCCAGCAUCGCUCCCCACACCCACCCUUAAAGAAGCCUGGAAAAGCUUACAGCGAGACCAGCGUAUGCGCCUCUACUGGGGCCUGUGCCAUGUCGCCAUUGCCAUGUUCAUAUUUUACAGAUCGGGAGGCUCUCUUGCUGCAAUGGCCUUGUCUCAUCUCGUCUUCUUUGACGCGGGCAGCGCCGCUGUCUGCGUGGUGGUUGAUGUCCUGGGCAAUUUCGAAGUGUGGCGUCGUAGCAGCAUUAGACAUCCCUUUGGGCUUGAACGAGCGGAGAUUCUUGCGGGCUUCGCCAUGUCUAUUUUCCUCCUGUUUGGAGGGUUUGACCUGCUCUCGCACAAUCUUAAACACAUCCUCGAGUCGGUUGGGGACCACGAAGCUCAUCAUGAACAUGAACAUGCUCACGACCACGUCUCCGCCAACUCCCUUGACCUCGUGUCGGCUGCUGCAAUUGCGAGCACGCUUGUAUCAGCUUAUGGUUUGAAAAAUCAUGCUCGGAUUGCCAAGGUCAUGAGAGUUUCAUAUCUGGCUACCUUGCCUAGCAUACUCUCCAACCCUUUCCAUUUUUUCACCCUAUUCUUCUCCGCUCUAAUUGCACUGUUGCCCCUUCUAUCUAUUUCUUUGUACGACUGGCUCGACCGGCUGAUCUGUGCCGUCAUUUCUCUUGCAAUGUUUAGUUUGGGCAUGCGUGUUGCUGUUGCCCAGGGGCUUAUGCUCCUCAUGUCGUAUGGCGGGAAUAGAGGUGAUGUUGGCGUCUCAGCCGUUCUCCGUGAGAUUGAAUCCGAAUCAGGCAUUGCCCGCAUAGACGGUGCUCAAUUCUGGCAAGUCCACUAUGGCUUGUGUAUGGCCAACUUGAAAGUCAUCAUUACAAAUGGGUAUGAUGAACUUGCACUGGGAAAGCUGCGCAAUCGGAUUUCUACCUUGAUACAGAAUAGAUUAGGAGAAGGUUAUGGCAACGGGGGCAAUGUGAGGUGGGAAGUCACUGUAGAAACGACUGUUGACACAACUAUUUGA